AUGCAAAAGCAGAUACCUCGGAAGCUGUAUAUUCUUGUGCCUGAUAAGCCAGCGCAGAUCCAGAAUGAAAGUGCAAUUGCAGCAAAGACUAUUUCGUCUGUGAUCAGGACGUGUCUUGGGCCAAGGGCGAUGCAGAAAAUGGUCCUGACAAAGAUCAAUUCGAUUGAGAUAACGAAUGACGGAAAUGCAAUACUGAGGGAGCUUGAUGUUGCACAUCCAUCUGCAAGGUCGUUGAUAGAGCUGGCAAAGACGCAGGAUGACGAGGUUGGAGAUGGCACAACGUCCGUUGUUAUCCUUGCAGCCGAGAUCCUUGGGGAAAUGAGGCAUGUAUUGGACAAGAACAUUCAUCCAAUAAAGAUAUGCAGAGCAUUGAGCAAGGCACUUGAAAUCUGUAUAAAGGCGAUUGAGAAUGCAUCUCUUUCGUUGGACACAUCUAACGACAACACUAGGCUGAUGAUAAUACGGGGAAGCAUAGCAACAAAGAUGUGCAGUGUUCUUAAGAUCCCGAUUGAUGAGCUUGCGCUUGAGACAGUAAAGAGGAUAUAUGCCAAGGAGGAGAACAAGUGUGACCUUAAGACAAACAUGAAGGUUGAGAAGAUACUGGGUGGUAAUUUUCUAGAGUCUGAGGUUCUGGAUGGGGUGCUGAUCAACAAGGAGAUCAUUCAUCCUCAAAUGCGGAGGACGAUUGAGAAUCCUAGGAUAGUUAUGAUUGAGUCGCCGCUUGAGUAUAAGAAGGGAGAGAGCCAGACGAACUAUGAGUUUUCGAAGGAGGAUGCUUUUACAAAGGCACUUGAGGUGGAAGAAGAGCAGGUGAGAGAGAUGUGCCGUGAGAUACUUGCGGUCAAGCCAGACAUUGUUGUCUGCGAGAAGGGAGUUAGUGAUCUUGCAUUGUCGAUUCUGUUUGAGAGCAAUAUUACGGGGCUUAGGAGGAUGAAGAAGACAGAUAUGUCUAGGCUUAGCAAGGUGUGUGGAGCCAGGAUAGUGAACAGAGCAGAGGAUCUUGAUGAAAAGCAUGUUGGGACGCUUUGUGGAAGUUUUGAGUAUGUGAAGUAUGGGGAGGAGUACUACUGCAAGUUUAGUAAGUGUGUGAAUCCAAAGGCAUGCAGUGUGCUGAUAAGAGGGCCUACGAAGGAUAUUCUGAACGAGCUUGAGAGGAAUUUUAUGGAUGCAGUGAAGGUUGCAAAGAACAUAUUUGUGAGUCCGAAGCUGUGUCCUGGAGGAGGGGCUAUGGAGAUGGCGAUGGCGAUGGCGUUGAAUGAGAGCAUUGGAAGGGAUGAGGCUGAGGCCGAGGUGUUUUCAAGGAUGGCAUCUGCACUUGCCGUUAUUCCUUCGAUACUGCUUGAGAACUCUGGCGCAUUUAAUCCGAUGGAGGCGAUUACUGUUUUAGAGCAGAAGCAAAAAGAAGGAUCGUUUUAUGGCGUGGAUGGAAUAAGCGGGGAGGUUGUUGAUACAAGAAGCGUAGUGCUUGAGCCGUAUGCAGUUAAGAGCCAGUGCAUCAAGUCUGCAGUGGAGGCUGUUUCACAACUUCUACGGAUUGAUGGCAUAGUUGAGAGCAGACAUUGA